AUGGCGGGCUACCCAAAGCUCGCACAAUUGAUGGACCGAGAGCCUGAGACAGCAAUCGUGCGGAGAUUUGGGCGGUUGAACAUGCUCAACAUUCUACGCCUUCAGGCAGAAAUCCAAGACAUGGAGCGAGAACUGGACCAGAUUCUUGAAGAGGAUGCGAAAUCUGGAGACGCAAUCCGCGAAUCUUAUACCAAGGAUUUCAGGCUCAUGAGAGACUGGCGAGAGGCUGGUGACUCAGAACAAUAUGAUCUGCUGGUCAAUAUUGGCAGCAGACUGCAAGAAUAUAAUGAUUUCGUGUCGCAAGACCUUGUGCUGAGCAAAGCUGAAAGUCCAAGUGUUAGGGAACUUGCUUUCUUACAAAAGUGGCUGAUAAGGCCUGGUAUGGGCGAUCAGUUCUUGAACGACGUCGAAAGGACAACCUGGGACUCUUCAAAUGCCCCGGACUUGAUUUCGCUCUCUGGUGCCGUGCAAGGCAAGGACCAUGUUUCCAAAUUUAUCUAUGGUGUGCUCUUGGACUUUCAUCAUCGAAUAUGGGGCAACACAGGCGUGUCUUCCCAUGAAUUGCACCUCGACAAAGGUAUCAGAAAAUAUCGCAAUACCAGGCUUCUGUGGCUAAGCAACACCAUCAAUGCAGCUCUAUCAUCUCUGCGUCCAACUGUGAUGAUUCUGGUUUUGUACUUCGUCAAGCGAAUGCUCGUUCGCAUUGGAUUGGUUAUUGUUUUCACAGCCAUAUUUUCUUUGGCCCUCUCUACCUUUAUAAAAGCAACUAAGAUCGAGAAUUUCUCCGCAACUGCUGCGUUCGCCGCCGUGGAAGUGGUCUUCAUUGGCAGCACAAGCACAAAUAGCACUGCAUAA